UUAGAGGAGGAGAUUGUUUUAUGUUAAACCAAUGAGAAACGAAAACGUCAUAAAGGGGGCGUAUCUAAGCGGCAAGCCACAGAAAUAUAUAAAUAGGAGCCCAUCCUCCUAUUUUCAAAUACGAGAGAUCCGCCGAGGGAGACAGAUCGUGGUUUAACGAGGUUCGUAGAUUGAGAAACAAUGGCUCGUACCAAGCAGACCGCGCGUAAAUCCACUGGAGGAAAGGCGCCAAGAAAACAACUGGCGACUAAAGCCGCUAGAAAGAGCGCGCCCUCUACCGGUGGCGUCAAGAAGCCCCAUAGAUACAGGCCUGGAACUGUUGCUCUGAGAGAGAUUCGUCGUUAUCAGAAGUCAACAGAGUUGCUCAUCCGCAAGUUGCCAUUUCAGCGUCUGGUCAGGGAGAUCGCACAAGACUUCAAAACUGACCUGAGGUUCCAGAGUGCAGCCAUUGGUGCACUUCAGGAAGCAAGUGAGGCCUACCUUGUCGGUCUGUUUGAGGACACUAACUUGUGUGCCAUUCACGCCAAGAGAGUCACAAUCAUGCCCAAGGAUAUCCAGCUUGCAAGGCGAAUCAGAGGAGAGCGGGCCUAAUUUUUAAUUUUACUUUGUUUUUAUUUUAUUUUUAUUUUUUUACUUAAUGAGAAACACUCAAACUAAAAGCAAUGGAUUUGUACAUUGGAGUCAUUUUGUAAAGCAUUCCUUACAGACUCAGGUUUUUAAAGUGAGUGUGUCUAGAUUAACCAUUGUAGAGCUCAUUGUGAAGCGGCUUUAGUUGCAUGCAUAAAAUAUUUAUCACGUAUCUUUUACAUUGAUCAUUGGGUUGUAAAUAAAAUUACUCUACCUCAAAA